GAGUCACCGCGGGCGCAUCUGUCGCUUUACAUCUCGACGCUUCACGCACGCACAGGAUUGGUGGACUCAUUUUUUUUAUAUUUCAUCCCGACUGAAAUCAAUGAAGGAGAGACGCUCGUGUCAGAAAUUAUCUCUGAAAUCCGGCAUGGAUCCCAGUCAGAGUGUGAAGUGUAAGAUAGUGGUGGUGGGAGACAGCCAGUGCGGGAAGACUGCCCUGCUUCACGUGUUCGCCAAGGACUGUUUCCCCGAGAGCUACGUCCCCACAGUGUUUGAAAACUACACAGCCAGUUUUGAAAUCGACACGCAGAGGAUUGAGCUCAGUUUGUGGGACACCUCAGGAUCCCCGUACUACGACAAUGUGAGGCCUCUCUCCUAUCCGGACUCUGACGCUGUCCUCAUCUGCUUCGACAUCAGCCGCCCUGAAACGCUCGACAGCGUACUGAAAAAGUGGAAAGGAGAGAUCCAGGAGUUUUGUCCCAAUACUAAAAUGCUGUUGGUUGGUUGUAAGUCAGACCUGCGCACCGACCUGAGCACACUGGUGGAGCUUUCCAACCACAGACAGACACCAGUCUCUUAUGACCAGGGUUCCAGCAUGGCCAAGCAGAUCUCGGCGCCCUACAUCGAGUGCUCGGCUCAGCAGUCGGAGAACAGCGUCAGAGACAUUUUCCACGUGGCCACACUGGCUUGCAUCAACAAAAACAACAAAAACGUCAAGCGUAGCAAGGCCGCCCGCGGCAAUAAGAGGAUUUCACACAUGCCUGGCAGGCCUGACCUGGCGGCUGUGGCCUCGGACCUCCGGAAGGACAAAGCCAAAAGUUGCUCGGUCAUGUGACUGAUCAGACGGAGGGGGAUUAGACUGAGAAUGAGGACGGAGCACAGUGCAAGCAGGAAGCUAUGGGGCAGCGCUCUUUCCUGCAUGUUAAAGACCCCUUACUUGUCUGGAAAGGGGUUUUAUAAGCUUCAAUUCAUGUACAUGUUACUGGAAUACUCUGCACCAAUGAAAACUCAAUGCCUAGUAGCGUCCCUAUCCAUGUGGCCCCCCGCCCCACCAGAUGAGGAAGCUAUCUGUCAGCGGACUACCUGCUCGGGGAAGUGACCUGCCUCCUCUGGGAGGACAAAGCGGAUGCGGUCGAGGCUUUCCACACCAACAGGAAAUUAGCAGGAGUGAUGUCAGUAGGAGACUCCCAGUUGUAAAGGAAGAGUUUAAGGACGUGAUCUUUUGAAUGAAAAAGUCUGCGAUGAAGGUUUGCUGCCUGGGAGGGGAAAAGAGAGGAGCUGCUGUAGUUUGUGCUGGGUCAAAGACAUUUUGCUCGGUGGGCUUAUACAAGAACUCGUCACUGUAGUUUGGAACUGAUUCCCUCUCACCCCUGCUCCUGUAACUGUUAGUCUGUGUACAGAGGAGAUUAGAAGAGGAAUUUCUUAGUCCCGCACAAAGGAAACCUGACGCUGUGUGUCCCCUGUCUAUGAUAUGUUGUCGGUAAAAUGUGAAGUCAUUGGUGUGUAACUGCAUCAUUGUUUUAUUUUAGCUUAAUCCUGAUGAGUUUCAGUACAGUUUCAGUACAGCAGAUCCUAGGAGCUGAACGAUUCCUCUGAUCUCGCCGGAGCUGUUUGAAUUUAUAAAUGCACGUUUGUACCAGUCAGCCAUUCUGUGCACGUUCAUUUCACCUCAAAAGCUAUAGAAACAUAAUAACUCUGAAGAGUUAGAUUAUCCUAACUGUUCGCCACACUGGCAGGUUCAUGGACUCCUCUGUAUCAUGCUGGGCAGCCACUAGCCUCUAGGAUUUGGUCAACAAUUCCAGAAGACCAUUUGAUAAACAAAUGCAAUUUGGCCUUUCAUUUUUACCAAUUUGUCACACUGUACAUAUACAUAACACACUUUCAUGCAUUAAUAGACCCUUUGUGGGCUAAAAGCUUAAGUUGAUCAAAACUUAAGUGUCAAUUUGACUAAUUGUGUAAAAUGAUGAGCCAGUUUGAGCUAUGAAUAAUUUUUCCGCUGCACUUUAGGGAGGAAGUGGAAAUUAAUGUAACAACUAAAACUUGUUUAAUAGUCUCGGGAAGUCAGAGUUCAGAGAAUAAGAGUUCUCUGCUUUGGAUUUUGCUGAAGUUAUGUAAAAUCUUUAGAAAGACCCGGUCACACCAGAAAUUAAAACAGCAGAAAUGUGCAGCAAAAUAUGUUAUUUUCGGGAGAAAUCGCUGCAAGUAGUGGAUUUGGUUGCAGGGACAAAGUGUAUAUAAGACAUUUCCCAAUAGUAAACAGUCUUGACAUUGCUGACUUGUGAGGGAAUAAAGAGCAAGAGUGUCCAAAAUGGAGGAAGCUAUAAAGUGCUUCAGGAAAGAGCAAUGGUUUACAGAACGUUAUGAGACAUGAGAGUACAGAUAAUGUGUUUAGAAUGUGAACUUAUUUUCCAGCUAGCGACAAAGCUAAUAAGCUUGCUAAAUAACAGUUAGCACACUUGCAGAGCUGCGGGGGGUUAGAGAAAUUGUAAGCAUUUGUUCUUCAUUUUUGAUAAUGAAAAUAAUUGUUAAACUUUGUAGAAUAACGUACAAUACUGAGAACAAAAUGGCAGUGGGGGAGUUAAUGGCACAGACAGAGAAAAUGGAAGCUCAGGUGGCUAUUGUUUCUGACUAGCAUUAGCGGUUAGCAUAGCAGUUACAGUAGUUUACAAUAGCCCUCACUUAUGAGAACGACAUUUAGCAAAGACAAAAAUAAUUUCACUGUGCCACUUUCUGGUGUGACCAGGCCUUAACACAAAUAGGAUGAUUUUAUUUGUUAUUAGGUAAUUUCAGUGUUUGUUUUUAUGACCCUUAAGCCUGUGGGGCUCCUUUUUUGAAAUGCGUUGUAAUGUAAACGACAAAUAGGUGUCAAUUAGAAAAUGAGACUUUUCUAAAUGUCUUGAGAAACAGUGUUUUUAAGUUGUGGCUUUUCCUCUAACAACAAUGCUUUUAGGAGCUGUUUAAAUAUCAAAUGUAUUGAUGCACUUUUAAUGCAAUGUUCCAAACUUCCCAAUUAGCUUGUUCAAAUGUCAGUGCUGUCACAUUUGGCAGCUCAGUGGUCCCAACUCUUAUCUUCAUUUUCUAAGCUGUUGUCUCUUCCCCGUGUACAUUAUCAUGUUUUCUUGAAUGUUGAUGUCACCUUCAAAUGUCUUUGCCAAUGUUGUUGCCGCAAUAUUUAUUGAAUUAUAUAUAUUUUCCCUUUAGAAUAAAUGCAAAUGGAAUUGAA